AUGCUGAGCCAAGAGACCAUGAAGCAGUCGGGGGUGCCCUUUGCCCGCUCCGUGUACAAGAAGGCUGAGCGGGAAGCAUACGCUGAAGCCAAAGAUCGCGCCACUCGCAUGGCCGUGGACAUGGCGACCAAGGCGGCUCAAAAACGCAUCGACGAAGACAUUGAGCGACAGGUGCAAGAUUACACCGAGGCGCAUCGGAAGGAGUUGGAGCGGAUUGCGCUGGCGGACGCGGUAAACAGCACCAAAGAUGAGAAGGACGUCUUGCAGGCUGCCGCUCUCAAGGAAGCCAUGCAAAAGGCGGUGGAGAAGGCCAGCACGACCUUUGCGCUUUGUGCAAAAGCGGAUUCCACAAAUUGGCACCUGCGACGCUUGGAUGCCUUCCUCGAGGCCCUGGAGAAGAAUCCCGGCUGGCUUCUAGCGGUGACCUCGACACACCGCGACAUGGAUGACAGCGUGACGAGUAUGGUGGCAGUCAGCGGCCGCUUUCAAGCGCCGGCGUCGGUUUGCACAGGUUACGGCACGGCGCAGUAUUCGGUGCAGUCCGCCGCCCGACUUUUUGCGGAGUCCAAUUGCCUAGCGGAAAUCCAGCUCCCUGAGCCUGAGUUUCAUCUCGUAGCGGUGGGCAACGGGAGCGGUGCUGAUGACGCAAAGCUUCUGGCAAGACUGGCGACAGAUCUGGGAGUUUCCUCGAAGUCAGCGGUUCUAUCUGAGGAUGUGACUGAAAGCAUCAGGAACAUCAAAGAAGCAGUCGGCAGCGGCGAUCGCAAGAGCAUCAGCAGCCUACUUGUCUACUACACGGGGGAACAGCCACAGUUUUGCCUGGAAAGUGUCGUCCAGAGGGCCGUGGAAGGCUGGACAGCUCGGGAGCUGCCUGUCAUUGUGAUUCUGGAUUGCUGCCGCGAGCUGCUGAAUGAGGAUGAUGUUAGCAGUGCAAGCAACUCGAACAAGAAUGUGUUCAUCUUCAUCUACAUGUGCUGCAACGGUUUGACAAUCAGAGAUUCCAGUGUGGGCGUUGCAGCGUUUGCGCAUCUUCUGCAGUAUCAGCAGCCAUGCAGCAUUGGGGAUUUCUUGAAUAGGUUUAAGAUGAUGCUGCGACAUGCAUCCUUUGGUCUUCUGGAGCUUCAGUGGGCAGAGCUGCCGGAUCACGUCAGCUUGAUGCGAAUGCUGGAUGGGUGUAAGGAGCAAUCUGAGCGCGGAGAUGUGCAGAUACUGGAAGAAGCACAGUGGCGGGCCUUGUUGGACACCUUUGCUCUUUGCGGUAGCCUGGCGCAUUUGGUCGAGGAAGAGAUCGGCCUUCCACAGCAGCAGCGUGGACAGACAUUUUCAGACAUGAUUCCACAGCUGCAAAGGAUAGGUGCCCUGUUUCUUGAAAAGCGGCAUCUCUUUCGGAAUAAUUGGGAGAAGGAACUAGAAGCUGCUAUCCUGGCUGAAGAGUCCUUGGACAAAGUUGCAGAUUGGAUUGGCAAGUUGAAAGUGUCAGAUGGUGCCAGUGCAUGCGUCACAGAGGGGUCAUUUGAGUCAUCUGGGAUUUCACGGAUUCCAGAUGAGAUUCGAAGAGUGCUGGUGACAGCACUCAAGAACCUUCGCAGAGAUUCGCACUAUCAAGGCGAGCACGGGCUACAUGCACAGCCAGUGAAAAUGAUUGUCGAGGAGUUCGCAAGCCAUUUUAAGGAUUUUCAACUGCCGGCGGCGGGCCGGAUUGACCCCAUCGAGUUAAAGAUGUCUGAGGAGGAUCCCAAAUUCGUGGUGUGCUCGUUUUGGGUGCGCGGCAUCUCCCCCUGCACGCUGCCCAAAGACCAUCAGAUGUUCAAGUUCUUCGAUAAGGCCGGAGACCCUUUCUGCAAAGACUUUAAGAUCUUCAUCGGUGCGGGCAGUCUCUACAUCAUUUGUCAGGUCCAAAGCCAGCCGGGUCAAGUCGACAGCCAGAUGCGCUACCUCCAGCAGGGCCUGGAGCGCUGGAUUCAGCACCUGAAGCCAAGCGCGCAGCUGCUGCGGGUGGAGACCGCAGCGGUGCCGGCGGAGUUGCGGCAACUGGUGGGCCAGCUCCAGCAUUUGGUGCCAGGCGGGUCAUGCUUGCUGCUGACCGCACACCAUGUGCGCCAGCUGGUGGCGGAAAGCUUUCCUCACCCCGACUCGCGGCUGCAUGUCUUCGAGGGCCAGCGCAGUGCACGCGGCUGGCUGAGCGGCCCAUUGCGCUUUGCUUUGGCGGAGGAAGGGAUGCAGAAACUGCCUCCCAUUCUCCGAGAAGGCUUGCAUCGUCUGAAGGUCUCACAGCCGGACUCCCCAGAGUUCCAGGCCCUGGUCUUCCUCGUGCACCACCUGGCGCAGGUUGCAGACGUGGGAUCCGUCGCCGAAGCGAGCGCCGGGGAGGUCCUGCAGCGGGUGCUCAAGGAGCUCCUGCUCCACUUCGGACGUCCGGCAGUCUCUUCGCCGAAGGCGCCUGCAAUAGAGUCGGAACGCUUGCCAGAUCCGCGCAGGUUUCCACUGAUCCACGGCAUAGUGCAGACCUUCGACAUUGAAUUGCUGCGCUCGGCCGCAAACUGGAAGAAGUUCCUGGAAGCGCUCGGGGACCUGACGCAAGAUUUUGUUUCUCGUGGCAGGGACGGCCUGGAAAACAAGAUCGACCAGGAGGUGGCAGAUUUUCUGACCAGAUUGCAGCAUGUAAGCUCCACGGAGGCGGCAGAGAACGCACUCCAAGAAUUCAUCGACGAGUUCGGAUGUUGCAAGGCAUGGAAGGGCUGUGCGGCGAAUGUGCAGGGGAUGAAGCUGACCGGAGUGCGGGCGAAGGCGCCAGAGGAGGCCCAGCGCCUCGCGGACGCCAAGGCGAAGAAGGCGGCCGAAGACCAGGCCACCAAGCUGGCCACAGAAGAAGCCCAAGAGGAGGCCAGGCUGGGCCUGGAGAAGAAGGCGGUGAUCAAGGCCCGAGAGGAAGCCCAGGACAAGGCGAACGAGGACGCCAAGACCAAGGCCUUCGCCAAGGCCAAGGCGGCGGCAGAAGAAGCGGCGAAGGACAGCGCGGCCAAGGCCGCCGGGGACGCGGCGGAGCUGGACGCGGUGCAAAGGGCACGGAAGAAGGCGGAGGAGUCCGCAGUGAAGAACGCGGUCGCCAAAGCCAACCGCGCCAUCUCUGAAGAGGAGCCGAAGUUGAAGGAGCCAGAGCCGAAGUCGAAAGAGCCCGAGAGUGAGAAGGUUUCCAGCGGGUGA